AUAUAUAUAUAUAUAUAUAUAUAUAUACAGUUCUUAUUUGCUCGCUUUACAAAGUUCCAGAAAUAAUUAUAUAAGUUUUAAUUGAUUACUUAUAUACGGUGAACAAGUGAGAUGUCGACAUCCGAGCCAUUAGCGAUAGUGCAAUCAAAAUUUGUGUCGGGCGAGACCGUUGUAACUGCUACAGAAGCGUCAUUAAUACAAGGCUGGAUACAAUCUUCAAGAUAUAUAGCUCUUAUUUACAAAGGCACAACCCAUGCUUUAGCAAUCUUUCUAACUUCAAGAACACCACCACAGGUGUAUAGCGAUCUUACUCUGGAAGGAAUAUUGCCUAUUGAUCAGGAUUUCAAAUGUGGUAUAGAUACUAAUGGUGAAGCACAGGAUGGUCUUGAUAUAUACAUGAAUAUCACAUCGAGAAAACUUCGUCUGAUAUUUGAAAUGAAACUUGGAGAAGCAACCAGUUCCUUAGUAUCAGAGAUAUUUCGAGCGAUAGAAAUGUAUCAGACAGCUAAGAGCCCAGCGGCAGAAUUUUCGUGGAUCGAAAAGCUAACGAGAAGUACAAGAAAUUUAACUACUGGUGGUAAAGAUAUGCAAGAUGCUGUCGAUUCUUUGCUCAAUCUUGAGAAUCAUGAUUUAGCAAUACCAAGACAAAGCAUCGCCUCUGGUAGAUCUCCAGUAGCUGCAAGAGAAUCGGUGGUACGAUAUCAGAUGGCCUGUAAAGAAGAUGAUUAUACGUAUAGUAAAACAUUUCGUAUACUUACUUGCACGUGGAACGUAAAUGGACAACCCCCAAAUGGCAUUAAGUUAGAUCAAUGGUUGAGCAUAGACAAAAUGCCACCAGAUAUAUACGCUAUUGGAUUCCAAGAAUUAGAUUUAAGCAAAGAGGCGUUUCUAUUUCACGAAACUCCCAGAGAAGAAGAAUGGAGGCAAAUUAUAGUCAAUUCACUUCAUCCUGGAGGAAUUUAUACGCAAGUUGCUCUUGUCAGAUUAGUGGGCAUAAUGUUGUUGGUAUAUGCACUUGAGGCUCAUGUGCCAUUCAUUGAGAAUGUGUGUACUGACACAGUAGGAACGGGAAUUAUGGGGAAGUUGGGCAAUAAAGGUGGUGUUGCAGUAAGUUGUUGCAUUCACAAUACAUCCGUUUGCUUUGUUAACGCUCAUUUAGCCGCACAUUGUGAGGAAUUUGAACGACGCAACCAGGAUUAUGCUGAUAUUUGUGCGAGAUUAUCUUUUACAAAAUAUGUGCCACCUAAAAGUUUCAAGGAUCAUGAUCAGAUUUAUUGGCUGGGAGAUUUAAAUUAUCGGAUAACGGAUAUGGAUGCAGCAACAGCUAAGCAGUACAUUUUAGAGGGUAACUACGGCCCGGUCUUAGCAUUGGAUCAACUUGGACAUCAACGCAAGGCAGGACGUGUGUUUCAAGGAUUUCAGGAGGCCGAAAUUGACUUCAAACCCACAUAUAAAUAUGAUCCAGGUACCGACAACUGGGAUUCAAGCGAGAAAUGCAGAGCUCCAGCUUGGUGUGAUCGAAUAUUAUGGAAGGGAGAUAUGAUUAAAUCAGUCGGUUAUAAAAGUUAUCCGGAACUAAAGAUAUCUGAUCACAAGCCGGUCAGUGCAAGUUUUGAUUCUCAGAUACGAAUUAUAGAUACGGCUAAGUAUCGUAAAAUUCAUGAGGAAGUUAUGAAAAAACUAGAUAAAUUAGAGAAUGAAUUUUUACCUCAAGUAAUGGUCGACACCACGGAUAUUAUCUUUGAUAUUUUGAGAUUUCUUGAGCCUAGCAGUAAAGAGCUUAUUAUCGCUAAUACAGGCCAGGUACCAGUACAAUUUGAAUUUAUAAAAAAGUUAGACGAUACAAGUUACUGCAAGGAUUGGUUGCACAUAGAACCUUAUACAGGCUUCAUAAAACCAGGUGAAAAAUGCGAUAUUAAACUAGAAGUGUAUGUAGACAAAAAGACUGCAUGUAAAUUGAAUUCCGGUGAAGACAAGUUGUAUGAUAUAUUAGUAUUGCAUCUUGAGGGAGGCAAAGAUAUUUUCAUUACUAUAACAGGCACUUAUGAGAGGAGCUGUUUUGGCUCUUCUAUGGAAGCACUUGUUCAUAUUUCAGUUCCGAUUAGAGAAAUCCCUAUUGGACGAUUAAUCGAAUUGGAGAAUAAUAAAAAUCUCACGCAAGAACCGUAUCCAGUACCGAAAGAGAUAUGGCACUUAGUAGACAGGCUAUAUCGGCAUGGCCUUAAAACUUCAGGACUUUUUGAAACGCCAGGCCUUCAUAGUGAGAUUGUAGCUAUUCGAGAUUGGCUAAAUGAAUGGAGUCAAGAUCCAAUGCCUGGUGGUGUACAUUCGGUAGCAGAGGCAUUAUUGCUACUUUUAGAAUCUACCGCUGAACCCUUGAUACCAUAUAAUCUGCAUAAUGUUUGUCUAUCUGCGGCAACCAAUUAUUUACAAUGCAAACAAAUUGUAAUGCAGCUACCCGAGACUAGAAGAACAGUCUUUCUUUAUAUCAGCUCGUUUUUGCAAGAGUUAUUAAGUCAUACGCAAGAUAACGAACUCGAUGCUAAGACGCUUGCGACGUUGUUUGGAUCAAUAUUUCUGAGAGAUCCGCCAAGAAGCCGGGACGAUUGUCAUCAGAGAAGUCGCGCGACUCAAAUUACCUUCGAUAAAAAGAAAGCUGCGUUUGUUUAUCAUUUCUUGGUCAACGACCAAAGCGAUUUUAUAUUGGGUCGAUAACGAGCGAUUUGAACAUUGGAAAGAAUAUCAGCAACACGACGAAUUUUUCAUUUACAGCUUUAAAAUAGAGAAAAAAUAAUUAAAUUAGUUAAUCUUACUGCAAUUAUUAUAUCACUUUUUUUAUAAUAUAUCAAAGAUAGGACGUAUGCUUUUUCAUUCACCGCAAUUAAAGCAUUAUUUUGAAAGCUGCAUAAGUAUAAUUUAGUGAAUAUCUAUCAUAGUUAAUGAAUUUUGUACAAAUAUAUUAUUAAAAAUACGAGAGUCAGUACAAAAGUAAUGCUUCCUAACUUUUUUCUUUCGAAUCUAGCAGCAUAGAAAAUGUUGUGUUUCACUGAUGGUGACAGUACAUAAAACGUGGAAGACAAAAUUAACUAGACUUUACUAGAUUCUCAUGGCCUGUUCCGUGCCGAUAGUCCGCCCAAAAUGAUGACGGAAAAUCGGAAACCCGUGGUUUUUCUAAAUAAUUGCCGAAAAAUGUUUGCAGUAACUAUUAAAUUUUGAACUCGACGUAGUUUUUAUUGGUUUUUCUAACGGAUAAUUUUUUGGGUGUAUUAUUCGUGAUAAUACAAUAAAAUCGUAAAGUUUGCAAGAA